AUGGCAGGUCAACUGGUUGACUUCACCUCUCGUGCCUCCAUGCGAGUCGCCACAAAGUUCCUCGUGAUUUGGCUGUGUGCGGGCUUCAUCCUGGCGCUCAUCAAAUUCACUCCGAGCAGUGUAGUGUCAGGCAGUUUUCGGGGCUUCAAGGCCGUUCCGGACGCGAAGACGAGAUCAGAGUACCGAGCGUGCCGGGAGGACAACAUUGCAGGAUCGCAACGUCGCUGGAAUACUGCGAAGAAGCGGUACUCGCAUCUCCAGGAUGACAAGUUCACCAUCACCAUGCAGACGUAUAAUCGCCAAGACGAACUCGGCCAGACUCUCCAUGCGCUCCUGAGCGAAAAGAUUCCGUCUCUGCUCGAAGUUGUCGUGGUAUGGAACAACGUCGACGAGGAAGCGCCGGCCGAUUACGUCUCCGAGCACGGUGUCCCCGUGCGGUACAGACAGUCGCCAGUCAACAGCCUGAACCAGAAGCUCUGGCCCGAUCCCACCUACAAGACGCAGGCCAUUCUCCUGAGCGAUGACGAUGUGCACUACCACCCCUCCGACGUCGAGUUUGCCUUCCAAGCCUGGCGCGAGUUUGGCCGGGAUAGGAUGACGGGUGCCCUUGCGCGCUGCGCGGAACCCAGAGAGGGCGGCACGCUCCAGUACUCGUUGUGCUCCAACGCCAAGGACCAGGAUGUUUACGCCAUGGUCCUCACGAACCUGGCCUUUUCGCACAUUUCCUUUAUGGACUACUACUGGUCCGACGACGCGGACAUGGCCACCAUCCGCGACUACGUGGAUCAGCAUAUGAAUUGCGAAGACAUUGCGAUGAAUCACGUCACGUCGCUACUCACGGGUCAAGGUCCACUUCUGGUGACGGGGCGCGAAAAGUACGUCAACUUUGAGCCUGCUUCAGGCAUCAGCAGAAAACCCGGCCAUAUUGAAGCUCGGAGCAAAUGUCUUGACGACUUUGCCGACAUUUUCAAGUGCAAGGCCUUGAUUAACGAGACAGGCCACAUUCAACGGGGUGUGGUAGUGCUAUGA